ACCUUGGACAAACAUGUACGAAGUGUUUGAUUCUUAUCAGUGACGAACAGCGUGUGUGUACUUCCUAUCAGAAAAUUACAGGAGAGACUAUAGCAGAAAAUGAUUGCUCAUAUUUUUCUACUCUCGUGUGUCUUGUUCAGUGCCAAUGCUGGUCCUUUCCAGGGGAGCGACGCUGAAGCGAGGUACAUUCAUCUCGCCGACAGAGACCACAGCUAUAGUCUGACGCUGCACGAAUUUCAACAAAUUUUCUUCGAUUUUGAUAGAAAUCAUGACAAAGCAGUUUCUAGUGCGGAGUUUCUCUUGGACUGGCAGGAGCGCAGCCUGGGGUCAUCGAUAGAAGCAGUGGUCCUCUUUCAUCAUCUGGACGUGGACAGAAAUGGGGAUAUCGAAGAGAGAGAUAUACCCUGGAUUCUUGCAUUCUUUGAUAGAAAUUUGGACGGUGUUGUCGGACAAGCAGAGUUCGUAAUAAAUUGGCUGAAGUUGAUCCAUUCUCCUCAAUCUAAGUGAAGAUAAUCUCUUCCGUUUGGUGGUAUACAAAAUAAAGACAAUCAUAUUUU